ACAUGUGUGAAGUACCACAUGCUGUGUGUACUGAGUAAUACGUGUGCAUGUUGACCAUGCACACAGGUAUCAAUGUUCCUCGGAGUCGUUUCCUGCCAGUGAAGAAGACGUCGGAUCUUCUGGUGGUCAUGUCCAACCUGUUCCAGCUGAGAGACGGGACUCUGGUCCAGAACCCAGCCCGGCUCUACCCCGAACUACCCCUCGUCAAACUCGGAGAACACUUCUUCAUGAAGAGGUUCCACUGUACUGCUUCAGUGUCCCUUUUUGACCUCCAGAGUUUUACCUACAUUCAACCAGGGCUUAAUUCAUUGGUGUGUGUCGUUACACAGGGCACAGUAAUCAUCAUUGCUAAUCAUGGGGACAGGAUCGACAUCCCCUCUGGAGCCAUGCUAGAGAACAAGAUAGUGUCAGGAAACCUCCGGAUCUUGGAC